UCAAACCGGGUCGGGCGCGAGGGCAGGCAGUUAGUCGGCGAGUGUCGCGCGUGAGGGGAGUCGGAGCUGCGUCUGCGCCGCCGCCUUCGCUAUGGCCCACAAGCAGAUCUACUACUCGGACAAGUACUUCGACGAGCAGUACGAGUACCGACAUGUUAUGUUGCCCAGAGAACUUUCAAAGCAAGUACCAAAAACGCAUCUGAUGACUGAAGAGGAAUGGAGAAGACUUGGUGUCCAGCAAAGUCUUGGGUGGGUUCACUACAUGAUCCAUGAGCCAGAACCACACAUCCUUCUCUUUAGAAGACCACUUCCGAAAGAACAGCAAAAGUGAAAUUUUAUUUCUGGAAAUCUUCUUUCAAAUCUUCUGGAACUUUAUGUAUAUGAGUGUAUAUAUGUUGGUAGUAUUCAGUGAAUACUUGAAAAAUGUAUGAAACCUACAUCCAUACCUGUGCAUGAGCUGUAUUAUUCACAGCAACAGAGCUCAGUCAAAUGCAAUUCCAAGUAGGCUGCUAUGGUGUUCAGACUAAUGAAGUUAUCUUUUCUUUACUCUUAAUAUAAGUGCCUAUUUGUCUUUUCAAUGAACUACUUUGUUUAAUAAAGUUUAAAUGUUGCA